CCCCCCGCCGUUCCCCGACGAGGCCGGAGCAUUCCUGGGGCUGGGGGGCCCUGAUGGGCUGGAGCCAGGGGGGCUGCUGGCCCCGUACCCCCCCCCAGGCCGCCUGUCCCUGGUGCCCUGGGCUGAGGGGGGGUCCCUGGGGGGCCCCUCCUGGACCCCUCCCCACUCGGAGCCCCCCCAGUUCCUGGAGCUGCUGCAGCCCCCCCGGAGCCCCCCCCCCACGGGACCCCUCCUGCCGCCUGUGCCCCCGCCCUGCGUACUGGUUUGUACUGGUUACUGGUCUGUACUGGGCAGAGGCACGGGAGUGCGUGAACUGCGGGGCCACAGCGACGCCCCUGUGGCGCCGAGACGGCACCGGGCACUACCUGUGCAACGCCUGCGGGCUGUACCACCGGCUCAACGGGCACAACCGGCCCCUCAUCCGCCCCAAGAAGCGCCUGCUGGUGAGCAAACGUGCGGGCACGGUGUGCAGCAACUGCCAGACCAGCACCACGACCCUGUGGCGCCGCAGCCCCCGCGGGGACCCCGUCUGCAAUGCCUGCGGGCUCUACUACAAACUGCACCGGGUGAACCGGCCGCUGACGAUGCGCAAGGACGGGAUCCAGACCCGCAACCGGAAGGUCUCGGCCAAGGGCAAGAAGCGGCGCCAGGCGGGGGGCGCUGGCCCUGGGGGAGUCCCCGAAACCUCCAUGGGGCCCCCCCUGCCCCCCCCUGCACCCCCCCAGCCGCCCCCUGAGGACCCAGCCGCGCUCUUCGCCCUCGGGCCGCUCGUCCUGUCCGGGCACCUCUUGCCCUUUCCCCCCGCCGGACCCUUCCUGGGGGGCCCCGGCAGCGCCUACGCGGCCCCCCCUGCCCCUGCUGCGGCCCCCCCCGGGCUCAGCCCACAGCUCUAACGGGGCCAUUCCAGUACAGUUCGCUAU